AUGCAGAACGGGGAACAGCGCCAGCAGGCCAGCGGACCAGUCACCACGCUAUUGCCACCGCCGAAAGCCCUGGACACCACAGGAGACGUAUGGCGAAGCUGGAAGACAUGGCGGCAAGAGUUCGAGCUCUUCGCAACGGCAACAUACCUGAACCAGCAACCGAAAGAGGUACAGGCAGCCACCUUUCUUAUGAUUAUCGGAGAGGACGCACGCAAGACGUACAGCACUCUUGAUUUUGCAACUGACGAAGAGAAGUCGGACGUAGAAGUACUGAAAAUGAAGUUUGAGGCAUUUUACAAACCAGCUCUAAACUUAGCCUACCAUGAGUUCCGCUUUGGAAAGUGCGACCAAAAGGACGGUGAAAGUUUCAAUGACUGGCUGACAGACCUCAGAAAAAAAGUGACGAAACAAGUUCGUCUUGAAGUGGCAACGAGAGAAAGCAAGAUUCUGACAGAGUUUUUCGUCGUGGAUGACGAAAUCGCCGUGACCUUGAGCGGUACAGUUGCCGAAGAGCUUGGCUUGCUCCAACGUGUCUGCUCUGUCGACCAAAUAGAGCUUUACGGCACUGCCAAGCCUUACGAAGACGUGUUUGAAGGUCUGGGUCAACUGGAGGGUAUUGUCUACCAUCUAAAGCUCAAGCCCGGGUCCCAGGGAGUAGUGAAACCAGCACGGCGGAUUCCAAUAGCAUUGCAAAGCAAGGUGAAAGCUGAGCUCGACCGCAUGGAGACUGCUGGAGUCAUCGUGAAAGUGACCGAGCCGACAGAGUGGGCCAGCAACAUGGUCGUUGUUACAAAAGGAGAGAAGGAGUCCGUCCGGUACUUGGGACACAUUUUGACGCGCGACGGCCUGAGCCUGGAUCCACAGCGGCUAGAAGACAUCUUGCAAGUCCAGACGCCAAGCAACCAGAAAGAGCUGCAGACGUUCCUGGGCAUGGUUUCAGACAGACGGCUGAGCCAAGUUCUACAAGAGACCGACCAGGACCCUGUGAUGGUGAAACUUCGACAGUACGCAAGCAGUCAGUGGCCGGAGAGCAAAGCUGACGUCAGCAGCGAGCUACGAUGCUACUGGAGCUUCCGCGACGAGCUGCAUACGCAAGAUGGCCUAGUAUUCAGGAGCAACCGCCUCAUCAUUCCGGCCAAGAUGCGCAGCGAAGUUCUUGCCUGCCUUCAUGCAGCGCAUGGGGGAGCAGAAAAAUGA